AAAGAGACACACCUGCUUUGACUGUGAGUGGAUUAUACAGAGAUGACCUCAAGUGAAGCCUGUGUGGGCUGUUGAAUAUCAGAGGCUGCUCUCUUCAGUUUGAUAGUUGGUUCCCAGUCUGGAUUGUAUCUGACAAUAUUUUAAAGUGUGGCAGAUCUGGCUCCUGGGUUCAGAAGAUGCCACCUCAAGUGAUGCUGGACUGCUCUGAUGGCAAAAGAUUAAGCCCUUUAACAGAGUCACUUGGAAGAGAAAACUCAUCCAGACCCACUAGCCAGGAACUUGGUAUCAAAUGUGUUUUGGUGGGUGAUGGGGCAGUGGGCAAAACCAGCCUGGUUGUCAGUUAUACUAUCAAUGGCUACCCAACUGAAUACCAGCCUACUGCUAUGGAUACCUUCUCUGUUCAAGUGUUGGUGGAUGGGGCACCUGUUCGAAUCCAGUUAUGCGACACUGCAGGACAGGAAGACUUUGACCACCUCCGUUCGCUCUGCUACCCUGACACAGAUGUCUUCUUGGUGUGUUUCAGCGUAGUGAAUCCCAGCUCCUUCCAGAACGUUAUCGAGAAAUGGAUCCCUGAGAUUCGAACACACAGCCCUCACACACCAGUUGUGCUAGUGGGUACUCAGACAGACCUCAGAGAUGAUGUCAAUGUGUUAAUUAACCUGAGCAGGUGUCGCGUUCGGCCUGUAAGCGAGUCCCAUGCACAAGGGGUGGCCCAGAAGAUCAGAGCUGAGACCUACAUAGAGUGCUCUGCAUUGACUCAGAAGAACCUUAAAGAAGUUUUUGACACAGCCAUUCUUAGUGCCAUUGAACACAAGGCACGACUAGAGAAAAAACUGAACACAAAGGGCAUUAAAAGACUAUCCAAGUGCAGGUGGAAGAAAUAUUUCUGCUUUGUAUGAGAUGUUCUCUUAUGUCUUUCUCAAUUGCAAUCUCUCUCCUGUUUUUCAUAAAAGCAAAUAUGGAGACUAACAUUUGGUCACUGGAUACAGAGCAACAGACACUGAACUUUGUAUGCAAAGCAUUUACUUUUUUGUUUGUGAAGCCCAACAGUGCAUAUUAACAAUGCAUUUGGCAAACCUAUGUAUGUUAAACAUACGACAUUUAGACAAACAUGAAAUUGUUAUAAUCUUUAUUUUUUUUUAUAGAUUUCUUUUAUUUUGAGAAUUCAAAACAGUUACCACGUAAAAUGUACAGUCUAUAACGUACACCCAAUGUAGUAUCAUAGUCUAUUUUAGUGCCAGUCCAUCUUCAUCGCUAAGACAUACAUCAAUGUCCAGACUCCAUAUUCUACAUUGUAUCAAAGCAUUAUGAAUAAGAUGUCAGUGGAAUUCUGAGGCAGAUAAAAAGUCAACAAAAGAUACAAACGUUUAAUUUUUGAGAGUAAAAUGGAACUUGCAUCAUUGAUAAGAGCAUAAGAUGUGUGUUAAAA